AGGAUUCCCAUUCUCCAGACCAACCACCACAAGCAGAAGUCCCCGAUGGGCAGAAGGCUGUGAAACUUGUUACUAGUUUUAAGACUUCACCUUCGGGAGGUGGCGGGUUGAAGAGAGAGGAGACUUCACCUUGGACUGGGAUUGGAACAAUGCCAGGACCCUUGAGUUCUCUAGACCAGCCGUCGCAAACAGGAUUCUCUGAUGGGCAGAAGGCCAAGAGACUCAUUGCAACUGGCCACUGCUCGUUUCACGGAAGACUUAACGAGCAGAGGGUUAGCUCUGGCUAGUUUCUAUGAGGAUGGCGAUGGCAAUCAAACAGUUCAAGAUGUCCCAGCGUUUAAAAGUGCCACUAAUUUCAGACCUGUGGUUCAUAGCAGUGGUACUUCCCGAAUAGCUUCUUUGAAAGACUUGAGGGAUGAAGAGAGUAACAGUUCGGCUGAUGAAGGUGAACGGUUUUAUGCAGGUGGUUCUGAACACAGUGGCCAACAAAUAGUUGAACCGCCAAAGAAAAAUAAUCUAAAUGAAAUUGUGGAUGACCUUUUUAAAGAAGCUAAGGAACAUGGGGCAGUUCCAGUGGAUCACUGGGCAGAAGGUGUAGGCGAGGCAAACAGAGCUGUGCCAUUUGUGGGUGGUGGAUACCGAUUGGGAGCGUCGUCACAAGAAUUAUCUGAAUAUGUUUCACAAGAUAAUAAACAAGAUUGUAGUCUUGAUGUUCAGAUUUUGCUGAAGCUUUGGAAAAAUGGCUUUAGUUUGGAUGAUGGGGAACUCAGAACCUACACAGACCCCAAAAAUGCACAGUUUUUGGAAUCCAUUACCAAGGGAGAGAUUCCUGCAGAGCUCCAAAAAUUGGUUCAUGGAAAUCAAGUAAGUUUGGAUAUGGAGGAUCACAGAAGUGAAGACUAUUUAAAGCAUAAAUUGAAGUUCAAGGCAUUUUCUGGCGAUGGACAUAAAUUGGGAAGCCUCACUCCAACUAUAGUUAGCACACCAUCUUCUCCAGAAGAAGAAUUCAAAUACUUUAUUAAUAUCGAGAAUGUGAAUGAAUCUGAGCCAACUACCAAUGUUCAAAUUCGUCUUGCAGAUGGGAGUCGCUUAGUGCAGAAAUUCAAUCAAACUCAUAGAAUUAGUGAUAUUCGCCAGUUUAUUAUUGAACAUCAUCCGGUGUUUGCUACUACCUCCUUUACACUGAUGACCACAUUCCCAAAUAAAGAACUGACCGAUGAAGAGCAAACUCUGCAAGAUGCCAAGGUGUUAAAUGCAGUGAUUGUUCAACGUUUGAAGUAACUUCACCUUGUAAGCUUUCAAAUUUUUAAGUGCACUGAAUCUGAGCUGAAUAGCAAAAUCGCAUAAAACUGACAUUAUAUUCCAAAACACUUUAGCAUGUUUGGAGAGAAUGAAACUGCUAUGGUUUGCAGCAAAAAGUAAUCUUCAUUGUCUGAGAACAUGAGAACAUGAGAACAAUUGACGAUACAUGAAAUGAACUGUUAAUGUGCAAAUCUACUAAUAUGGGAAAUCAUUUGCUUCAAUACUAACUGGAAAUGUGUAACGGUAACGGGAAUGUUUGGACUGUUAUAAUCGUGAACCUUUAAAACUG